AUGCUCCUCAUUCUGAGGGAAUAUCGACAGCCAGUAUUCCCUCCGUGGUCCCCGCCCCAUUACUCCACCAGCAGCCUCUUCUACUCCAACCGACUGGCUUGUUGCAUCCUUCCCUUUUCCCGCUCGGUCCUCAGCCACUCCCUUAUCUCUCUCAGCCGCAAACUAAGGAUCGUGACCGCCUGCAGAACCACGACGAAUCAACUGCACGAGAACCUCCGCCAUUCAAUGCCGUGCCAACCAAGGUUAGAAUAUUCGGAAGGGAAGGAAGCCUUUGGCCAAACGGCUCCGUCAUCAGGUGGUGCCUUGCCUAACUUCAGUGAGGCAGACCCUGCUCAGCAACGUUUGAAAGAGGCUAGAAAAAAGUACCAAGCAGAACUGCUAAGACAGAUGCGCGAAAGAGAAGCAGAACGUGAGGCAGAAAAGUCCAGGAGGAAACAAGAAGACGAGGAGGAAAGGAUUCGUCUGAGCAGGGAAAUAGAACAAGAGAGGCUUGCAAAGGAAGAAGAAGACGCAUGGCAGUUAAUUCGAUCAAAGAAGCUAGCUGAUGCAAAUAUUGCCGCAGCCGGACCGCAGAAACAGCGGCAACCACACCAAGCCUCGAACGCAUCUCUCGACGGUGAUGUGGGCAGCCGGCAUUGGCUGACGGGACCCAAGCGGCUUAUGCUCGAUCAAGAAAACGUUGACCAUUCUCUCAAGGAAAUGACUAUACGUGUUCCUUCAGAAAGUAAAAUGCAGCCAGAGUCAGAAGAUGAACAGAGAGGGCACGGCAUUCCCCGCGAGAGAUUUGUUCAACAAAUGCCUGCCACUGGCAACGAAGUUGAACGCUGCCUCCUGGUAGGCAUUGAAGCCCUACAAGCUGAGGUGAGGAGGCAAACGGAAGAAAUGCGGUAUUUGAAGAAUCAGCAGCGUCGCGUGCUUCAGCACAUUCACCAAGGCACCGGAUUUCGCGACGUUUGCUGCGAGCACCAGUGCUGUACCGCAGAUGCACGAGAUUUUUUUUGUGUUCGGCACCCAACGACACAUUCACGGACCACGCCUAUGAACGCUAACAGAACCGCUGAGCAGGAUACAUUUCAAGCGCAAUACGCGCUUGUCACCACUGUCCUUAAAAAUGCGGGGGUUUCUGAUCCGGAGGACGUGUUGCGACGGCUUGCGCAAUGUGGAGCCAUAUCAAUGAGUUGCGACCCUGAAUGCCCUGCAGUGGUACCAGUUAACAAAGGAGUUCCUUGCCAUUAUAAUUCUGCAGCGCAUGACAGGCCUGAGCAGCUAGAAGGGCCUUCUACGCGCGAAGGGCAGAGUUGUGGGGCUCCACACUUCAGCUCGAUUAAACUGCCGCUCUCGCGUGGGAUGAGCAACUCUAGCUUUUGCUUAAUCCCCGAAAGCACACAGGAAGCUUUGCCACAGCAUGCGAAAGAUGAAUGCCCCGGCAGCAAACAGGAGGGCACUCAAGUUGAAGAUCCGGAGGAACGCCCACUACCGACUCUGCUGAAGCGUCAGCAACAACCAGCUCAGAAGCAACGACAACCGGAUCCGCACCUCCGUGAUGGUGUGGUUCAUCGUCAGCCAGAACAAGUCCAGCAGCAGCCCAUAAAAAAAAUAAAGCAUCCUGAGGGCUCCACAGAAAGAGAAUGUGGUACGCCGGUAGAAGCUUAUGUUCAGGGCAAAUGGGAAGACGCAGACGAACGACCCUGCAGAGCUGUAGGGCAGACGAAGCUGAAUACGUCUGCAGAUAUGCCGGCAGACCGGAGAUGGCGUUUUAACGACCUAUGGGCAUGCUUGUCUCAUGGAUUCCCCCCCCCGCCUGCUCUUCGCCCAAUCAUACGUGUCCGGGAUAAGGGCUGCGAUGAUGUACUGUCAGUAACUAACAGCUCGUUCAUUAGCGAAUACGAAUCCGAGCUCCCUUGUCAGACUAUCCUUUUGCCACACGCAUCAGAACGCGCCACACCAACCGUCGACAAACGACAACAAUGCGUGACAAGGCACAUAGAAACUUUCUCCAAGGAUGGAUGGCUACCAAGCAGCCAGAUGGAGUCGCUAGAAGUGUCGACUGCCCAUACACAUAUGCCUGAAGAAAACGGCCGCCUCAUCAGGCAAGAGCAAGAGCUCUGUGAAACUUUUGUUCCAUGGGUGGAAGGCGGCGGACAAUAUGGGGGAAUCGGUUUGGCAAACGAAACAGCCAUCCUGAUGGCGCGCAAGGGAACAGAUGACAGUAGGCUAGAACUUUCCAAUGCUCACCAGGAGAGACAGCCCCUAAUGCCCCCGGCCGAUGCGGAUUUCAGCGGGAGCAAAAACGGCCUUCGCGAAUCUCGGUUGUGUUCCAUUAACGAUAAACAGAUAUGCAGGGCUUUAAGCGUCGAUGCUGCCCCUUUAAGACUUCAGCAGCUUCGCCAGUGGGACUCGCAGAUUCGCCAAAGGCGCCAGUCGCACCCACCAGUCUAG